CUCUCCAAGGUCUCCAAGGUCUGGUAAUCGAAGUGUUCCAGCGUUUUUGAAUAAACUUUAUAAUAUGGUUAAUGACCCUCAGUCUAAUGAGCUAAUUACUUGGUCAGAAGCUGGAAGUUCCUUCUUGGUAAAACGACCUCAAGAUUUCGCCAAAGAA